AUGGUUUCUGCCUGGGAUAUCUACGCAGAGCAGCUUGUUACAUUAGGAUAUGGCCAUCCUCUCUGGGUUCCGGAGCCGUGCGUCGAGUCUGGGGAGAUCUGCAUAGGUGAUGUUGGAUAUCUCCGUGCGGGCGGCUUCCGUUUCAUCUUCAGUUCUAUGAAGGAACAAGAUAAUCCCAGGAAUACUCGCGUAGGCGUUCCUCAAGGCUUUCAACCCUUCAGGCCGCCAGGGCACCAACUAGUGUGCCGCCCAAACGAGAUCAUGCAAGGACAGCUGCACAGCGCGAACCUACGCUUGACAACAUUGUCAGGAGGAGUCUCUGUCGAUGCUCCGGCGACAUCUGGGAACGCGAUUCUUCGAUAUCACUGUAGCGACAGCUCUGGCGCCAUACUCCUGUUGAAGCGCGCUGGUCAUUACGAGCUCUUGGACUGCCGGCUCCACAUUAAGACAUACAUGCUAGAACACUUCUCUCGCUGGCACGAAUUUGCUAACGGCGAUCUGGGGAUAGGUCUCCAAGAAAAGGAGAUCCUGUUUGUGUCCGGUUUCAUCAAGACAACGGAAUGGGCUGCGGCGGCGGUUCGCAGUGGGGGUUCAAACGGCGAAUUGUCAAUCUCUGGAGGAUUCCUACCACUUGCUUCAGAAUCGGGCGAGUUUUCGGUGUCAAUGACACGCUGUGACUCCCCUGCUGUCUUUUACCGUUCUGGGCCAACCCGAUCUGAGACAGAGCGCUUGACUAGCGAGAACGUAGCGGCCUCCGAUCAGUGUAUCUUUCUUCACUACUACAAGAUGAAGAGUAGGAUCAUAUGGCCUACGAUCCGUGCCGCAGCCGGCCCACACAACCUACCGCCUGUCUCCGAGGACCCAGAGCACGACAUCAUCGACAAUUUGGGUCUCGAAGACAUUGAAAGUACUCAUGACAAUCCCGAUGUAUGUAUAAGUUUUGCAUUAACCAGUCGAGUUUGUCAAUCAUCGACUUUUCAGAAAUUCGAUCCUGUCGGAUGCCUGUUGGAUUACAUCCUUGAGGUCUGA